ACGCGCGGAGGAGGGGCUCGCGCGAAGUUCCUGACAGCUCGCGCACUCCGGUUUAAAGAGCAGCAUCUUAGUCGCUGCAAAGACCACCCUAAUGAACUUACACCGCGUGUGAACAACUCCUAAAAGAAGGGCAGGCGUCUUAUAGGUGCACACACACACACAGGAUUUGUUUCGGACGUUUGGACGGUGUUUUUGAGAGUCUCUGGUGUUCCUCGCGCGCAGGCGGAGCGGCGCGUGCUCAUCAUCGGCUCAGCAGAGCUGUCAUGCUGCCUAAAGUCGACUCAGAAUCUCUGGGACUCGCUCGAUCGCAUGGGGAACAGGGGCAUAUGCCUAGAAACAUGCAAGCCCCCCAGUUUAAAAUGAUGGACUACUCCUACGACGAAGACUUGGACGAAAUGUGUCCAGUGUGCGGAGACAAGGUGUCCGGAUAUCACUACGGGUUACUGACCUGUGAGAGCUGUAAGGGCUUCUUCAAGCGCACGGUGCAGAACAACAAGCGCUACACAUGUAUAGAGAACCAGAGCUGUCAAAUAGACAAGACCCAGCGGAAACGCUGCCCCUACUGUCGCUUCCAGAAGUGUCUCACUGUCGGCAUGAAACUGGAGGCUGUGAGGGCCGAUCGAAUGAGAGGAGGUCGCAACAAGUUCGGCCCCAUGUACAAACGAGACCGGGCACUCAAGCAACAGAAAAAAGCCUUGAUCCGGGCCAACGGACUCAAGCUGGAGGCCAUGACGCAAGUCAUGCAAACCGUCCCAGCGGACCUCACCAUUACCUCUGCCAUUCAGAACAUCCAUUCAGCCUCCAAGGGGCUUCCACUGAGCCACCACCAUCAUCACCACCACCACCACCACCACCACAGCUCCUCCAGCGCAGGCCUGCCACCUGCAGACUUUGACCGCAGUCCCUUCGUCACCUCGCCGGUCAGCAUGGCCAUGCCGCCGCACGCCGGAGGACUGCAGGGCUACCAGGCGUACGGUCACUUCCAGAGCCGCACCAUCAAGUCAGAGUAUCCCGACCCCUACACAAGCUCGCCGGAGUCCCUCAUGGGCUACCCGUACGUAGAAGCCUACGCGGGCGGAUCGCCGCCCACCUUCCCUCACCUGGUGGUGGAGCUGCUCAAGUGUGAGCCGGACGAGCCCCAGGUGCAAGCAAAGAUCCUAGCGUACCUCCAGCAGGAGCAGGCCAGCCGAGGCAAGCAUGAGAAACUCAACACUUUCGGCCUCAUGUGCAAGAUGGCCGACCAGACACUGUUCUCCAUUGUAGAAUGGGCCAGGAGCAGCAUCUUCUUCCGGGAACUGAAGGUUGACGACCAAAUGAAGCUUCUCCAGAACUGUUGGAGUGAACUCCUCAUCCUGGACCACGUUUUCCGGCAGGUGAUGCACGCCAAAGAGGGCUCCAUCCUCCUGGUCACAGGGCAACAGGUGGAUUACGCCCUAAUUGCCUCCCAAGCCGGUGCCACGCUCAACAACCUCCUGAGUCACGCACAGGAGCUGGUGAGCAAACUACGAUCCCUCCAGCUGGACCAGAGGGAGUUUGUCUGCCUCAAGUUCCUGGUGCUGUUCAGCUUGGACGUCAAGAACCUGGAGAACUUCCACCUGGUGGAGAGCGUCCAGGAACAGGUCAACGCGGCACUGCUGGACUACGUCAUGUGCAACUAUCCUCAGCAGACGGACAAGUUCGGCCAGCUGCUGCUGCGGCUGCCGGAGAUCCGGGCCAUCAGCCUGCAGGCCGAGGAGUAUCUGUACUACAAACACCUGAACGGUGACGUGCCCUGUAAUAAUCUUCUUAUAGAGAUGCUGCACGCCAAACGUGCCUGAGGACCGGCGGCGAGCCUUUCGUCUCAACACAUCGCACACACUGCUCCCAGCACCACCUCAGUCCAGCGUCAUCACCAGACAUAGCCUUCGACUGAUGCGCACUCACUGCAUGGGUUUGCGCUGGGCCGGACACUUUGGAUCUGAGAAGCCCAUAGCGAGGGUUUGGCGAAGGGCAGAUGCAUUUCUGGUAAAGAAAUGAAUGAAUCCAGAAUUAUAAUGACCUCUAGACUGCGGAUUUGUCUUAGUAUUGUCGAACCAUGACUGUCAGUCGUUAUUUGUUGUGUGUGCAGCUGAUCGAAACAUCCACCUUACACUCAAGACUUGAGGUGGUGGAUUUAAGAUUACUAGGAAAGGACUGGGCGCUCUUUCAAGACUGGUUUGCCAGCAUUGACCCAAAGUUUCCAUUAGGACCUGGCCAUGUGGCCUUCCUCUGUCUGUUUUAAGGCACACAAGCUGGGCCGGAGCCAGUAGGCAGAGGUAAGAUGGACAACCAGCCAUUGCCCGCAUCUGCGCCAACUAAGACUUUAUUCCAACCCCUCACCAAAAACCCUCUCUUUUCAAAUGGACAGCCAUUUCUUCUUCUUUGUCACUCUGAGGCUGCUUUUACCAAUAUUUUCUCACCAAAA